CAGCAAGAGAUUUCUGCAGUUAGUAGAUGAAUAUCAGUUAUUGAUUAAAACACUUGCACAAAUGAAAGGAUAAAGACACGAUCAGUGAAUGUAAAGUGUGGAUCAUGGAGGAGAGAUCAGAAUUACAGCAGGACCACAAAAAAUAUGCGUGUGAUCUCACAGUGGAUUUAAACUCAGUAAACACUGAACUCGCUCUGUCUGAGAGGAACAGAAAGAUGACGUGUGUGAUAAAGAAGCAACCCUAUCCUGAUCAUCCAGAGAGAUUUGAUGAGUGUCCUCAGGUUCUGUGUAGAGAGAGUCUGACUGGACGCUGUUACUGGGAGACUGAAUGGAGUGGCUGGGUUAAUAUAUCAGUGACGUAUAAAAGAAUCAGCAGGAAAGGAAGGAGUGAUGACUGUGUGUUUGGAUCCAAUGAAAAUUCCUGGAGUCUGUUCUGUUUUAAUAACAGAUUCACUGUCAAACACAAUAAUGAGAGCACAGACAUAUCUGCUCCUUCACGUCGCUCUAACAGAGUAGGAGUGUAUCUGAACUGGUCGGCCGGCACUCUGUCCUUCUACAGCGUCUCUGACACACACACACUCACACACUUACACACAUUCAACAGCACAUUCACUGAACCCCUCUAUGCUGGAUUUGGUGUUUCUUUUUGUAGUUCAGUGUCUCUGUGUGAGAUUAAACAUCUUCCUGUGAGAAACAACUGAGACACACAGAUGAGUGAAAGAAACACACUCACAUUAUCUCUCUCUUUAACUCACACAGCUGUAAACUCUUUCUCUCUUCUCAUCUUAAUUUCAGUGUGUAUAUAGAAACACACAUGUUGACUUCAGUCUAAAUGAGACACACCACAUCACACCAUAUAAAUACUAAUAUAUAGAAGGUGCACAGUGACAUUCACACAAAUACAAAUUGACAGUCUUUUACCAACAAAAUGAUAAUAAAAUAUUUUUCUCAUCCAAACUGAAAUGUAACCAACAAACUGAUUUGAAAUGUUCAAAAGCAUUUAUAUAUUUAUAUAUUUUUAAACAAAACACAAAAUGUGAUGCUCCAUCAAGUUUCAAUAAAUAAAAGAUGCAUGUAUUU